ACAGAACUUUGAGAUCAAGAUGAAGAACUGAGUAGAACAAAUCAACAGAGAUCGUGCUGGCAGUGUCAGCAAUCGAUGGACUUCGGCAGAAUAGGGAAUACAGGAAAUGUCAGUUUAAUGUAAUCAAAUGGCAAAUGAGGAGAAAAGAAUGAAGGAAACACUAAAUCCAAUAUUACAUGUCGUGGUGGUUGGAUUUCACCAUAAAAAGGGGUGUCAGGUUGAGUAUUCAUUUCCUCCCUUAAUUGAAGGAGCACCUCCUGAUUUAAAUGUUUGCCCAUCUGGUUGGAAGUAUUUACCAACUCUAGCUUUACCUGAUGGCUCUCAUAAUUUUGAUGAAGAUACUGUGUACUUUCAUCUUCCAAGCCUUACUGAUCCAAAGCAAACUGUGUAUGGUAUCUCAUGUUUCAGACAGAUUCCAGUGGAACGAUUGAAGAACCGCACUGCAGAUAUGACCCGAGGCACAGUGCAGAAGUCUGUUUGUGUUCUGAGUUCCCUUCCCCUUUUUGGACACAUUCAAGUGAAGAUGGCACUCAUAACCCAUGCUUAUUUUGAAGAAGGAGAUUUCAGCAAAGUGUCAUUAUUGCACGAUACAUACCAUCACCUUAAUAGUUGUUUGUCGCAAAUAGAAUCUGUUCGCACUGCACCUCAGUUAUAUGUGGGACUUUCGGUGCGAGAUCUAAUAUUGCAAUUUCGGCACAAAGCUCUUCUCUUAUUUAAAUUAUUAUUAUUAGAAAGGAGAUUAGUGUUCUACAGAUCUCCUGUUCAACCUUUAUGUGCCACCAUUCUCUCUCUUCUUUCACUUCAUCCAGGCAUGAUAGAACAUGGACUGAAAGAGUCAGCAUGUGUAAAGCCUUCAAGACCUAUGUCUCCUAUUCCCGACUUCAGUGAUGGUGCAGAUUCUCCUGAACUCACAGAGAGCUUGAAAGGCAGUGACGAGAAGGAAAAAUCACCAGAUUCUCCAGAAUCACCAGAAAAAAAAGUUUCUGUGAGCCAAACUGUACCUGAGAAAGAACCAAACCGUGACUGUGAGUCCGGGUCUGUUCCGGUUGCAACAGAAGCUGACGAGCGGUGGGAGGAAGUGUCUGCACAUGAGGAUAGGAAGUUACCUCCUUCUGACAGCCUCAAUAGCCUGUUACAACGCGAUCAGAGUAUAAGUGAUACAGUUGGAGAUGCCAAUGCUAGUACCAAUAUGGCUGCAGUUGCCCAGUUAAGCAUUGAACAGUGUGGUGUCCCUUUACCUCUUUUCACCCAGGGCUACUUGUGUCAUCCCUAUCUCUCAUUGCCAUACUUGGACCUUUUAAGUGAUGUUAAUGUACGAGGUUAUGUUGUGGGAGCUACAAAUGUGUUAUUUAAGCAGAAGAAGCAGUUAGCAGAUGUUUUAGUGGAGGUGGAAGGUGCUCGUGUGGAGACACAAGAGCAGGAGCUUCGGCGGCAGCUUCAUCUCACAACUGAAGAUCUGAGAUUUGCAGAUUUUGUGGUGCGACAUGUAGCUGAGGAGAGGCACGAUGUAUUUCUUGAUGGAGUUGGUUGGGAAGGUGGUGACGAAUGGAUUCGGGCUCAAUUUCGGGUGUACCUUUUAUGCCUACUUAGAACCUCUCUGUUGCAGGAAGGCAGUAGGGAAAUAGAUCACUUUAAUUCUUAUUUUAUGGCAGCAUGGAAAACUACUCAUAAUUACAAAAUGUGGGUCAGCAAUGACCAUCCAGGCAUUUGGGAUUUAAAUCCAGGGCAUCCUUUUGCUGGACAGUUGUCUGUGGCAGAUAUGAAGUUAAGAUUGUCUCAUACAAUGCAAAAUACUGAAGGUGGCCGAAAACUUAAUCAGGCUAUGGCAUCUACAGGACGAGCCGUUGCCACUACUGGCAGAGCUGUGGGAGGAGCAUUAUCUCAAGCCAAAGGAGCAUUGUCAAGUUGGUGGAGCACACUCACCACCACCCAAAAUCAAGAAGGGGAAGUGUUUGUUGAGACAGGAGAGGACAUUUCAUCCCAGGAAGAAGAGGCGGAGGACAUAAAGAAACUGAGUUCAGCUGCCAAAGGCCAGGCUGAGAAGUCCAUCCUCUGUGACAGCAGCAAUGAAACCCCUGGCUCUGCCACUGACAUGCAUCGUUCUCCCACUGUGGAGCAGUCGCAUGUGGUGGAGAAGGACAAAGACAUUGAGAAAAAGCCCUGCAAUGAAGCAGAAACUAAACCAGAUGUGCAGAAGCCAGUGGAAGUCAGGGAUAAGCACAUCAUUUCGUCAGAAGAUUCAGAAAAGCUGAAUAGGGUUUUAGAAAAUGAUGUCUGCAAUAAGCAGGUUACACAAGAUAUAACCAACGCUAAUAUACUUUCAGCGCAUCCUGAACCCAUUCAACUUAUCCCGCUCUGUGCAUCAGAAGCAGAACAGGUCCAGUGAGUUCAUUGUCAAAAUGAAUCACUUUGUCAUGUUAUGGGGUGCUCUAGUCACACAGAGGAAAGAAGAACAGUGAUUGGCAAAUGGAAACUUGAGAAGUGUAAUAGUAAUGAGAUGGCUGCCCUCCUUCAGAAGUGAUUAGAAGUGUAGAAUUUGUAAUGCUGCAGUGCUUGUUAAAAUUCAGCAUUCUUUGGUGAAUGUGAAUUCACUUUCCUUUCGAAACAAAUGUGUCCAGGAAUAAUCUGUUUUUAUCUCAUCUUCUCUUUCUCUUCUGUUAGUAUUAUGAGUUCCAUAUCAGUUUUUUUUCUUAAGAUAUUUCAGUGUUCUUGAUAGAUUUUAUUUUGUUUUAUAAGUGAAAAGCCAAGAGAUAUGGAUCCUAAAAAGUAGCUAUUUUUCCUGAGAACAUACAAGUGCUAGUUGUAGUUAGAGAUUAGAAUAAUUUUUAUGAAGAUGUCAGAUUGAAAAGUGUUGUAUUACAUACUGUUUUGUCAUUUUAGUUGAUAUGUUUGAAGCCUUCUUUUUUAGUGUAUUUCUGUAUAUAUUAUUGUAUUUAUUUUCAAAGUAGACCCAAGAGAGAUUUUGUACUGUUUUUAAUACUGGUGGAGCACCUAAGAGUAUCUUCUUGCAACGAUUUUUUUACAUUUCAACAAAAAGAAUGCCAAUCUUAUGUAUUGGGUAGACAUAUUUAUUCAUUAUUUGCUGGAAUUGUAAGCUUAAUUUACACUUUGGCAAAGUCUUGUAUUACACUAUUUUGUACACACCUAAGUCUCAUCACGCAUGAUUGUGGGUGUAGUUCAUACAAAUUAAACAUUGAUCCGUGUUUGAAGGAAAUUUGAAACAUGAUGUGGAAUUCUGCUUGUAAUGAGUACUCAUGUAUAAGGCACAUAAUAUUAAGAAGACUAGAUGAAGCUCUCAGAUGAGUUUCAACUUCACAAAUCCAGCGGGCAAUGAAUAAAUGAGACAUCUAAUAUUGACAUUUUAUAUCUUGAUUCGAUUUUCUCAUUUUGUUGUGCUACUUCUCCUCAUAACUCUCUUCUAUCUCUUGUAUCCUUCUGGAAAUUCAGGCUGAUGUCUUUAAGUUUGAAGACCUGCUUCAACUUACGAUGUUCAUUAAAAUGCAAUGUUGUAUAUUUUUAUUUUCCAGGAAAUGCUUUCAAAAAUUAAGAAGUUCCUAAAUUUCAUUAGAAAAAUGUUGUAAAAUUCUAAACUGAUUCAUUUUGUUUUGGUCAACUCUGGUAUGAUUAUCAUAAAGUUAGAAACCAUAGAAUAUUUUAAUUUAUCAGGUAUAAAAAAAACACAGAAAUUAUGAUUUUUAAGUUCCGACAUUUUUGCCUUCAAUCAGAGAUAUAUUAUGCAUCUUUUUUUACUUAAAAGGACUUAAACGUUAUUGCAUUAGAAACAAAAACAAUGUGUAUUUCUAAGAUUGUGAUGGAGCUGAUGUGUUUUUUGUUUAACAUGACACAUUUAUUUAGAGACAGGCUAGGUCUAAAAAAUUAAUAAUUUUUUAUGAUAAUUUCUGUAUUUUUAUUUUGAAAAUUAAUAGAAAUCAUGUGUAGAGAGUCAGAUUACUAUGUAAUAUAUUAUGCUCUUUUCUUUAAAAAAGUAAUUUUUAUGCACAAAUUUGUAAGUUGCGAGUGUAUGCAAAAUGAAAACAAAGAUAAGUCCUAUUACGAAGUUAUUUGCUAUUUUCAUUUAUGUUCUUUAACCUGUCUGGUAAUUUUUCAUAAUUUGUAUUUGUAAAUGUGAAUUGUUUGUAAUAUUCCUUUCGUAAUGAUUCUGGGAAAAUCAGAACCACUCACCAUUGUACAAUUUUUAUUAGUUUGCAGAGAAAUUCCAAUAAACUGAAGGGUAGAUAUGUAUCCAAAGUUAUACAGAAAGUUAAGCAAUUUUUGUCUCAAAUUUGUAUGUACUUAAUCAUUCAUACUAUUUAAUCAAAAAAUUAAGGAAGUUAAGGCUUGGAAUAGUUUUGUAAAGAUCUACAAGGAACCAUUGGUUUAUUCUACAUUCAUUUAAUGUUUAUAAUACAAUAGAAUAUGCUAGUGUUUGAUUGUGCUUAAAGAGUAGCUGGAUGCAAAUGUCAGAGACAUCACUGUAUUAUUACAAGAAACUGAUUAGUGUCAAUAACUCAGAUAAUUUUGAAACGUGUAUUAAAAAAAAACAGCAAAAAGAAAUUGUUCUUCCUACACCAUGUAGGUUCAUCAAUGUUACUUUCUGCGAUGUUUGUUUCAUUGAAAUUUUUUUGUACUAUUGUGAAGAUGUUCUUAUUUGAAAACAAUGUUAAGUUUGUAGUGCAAUUUCAUUAAAAUACAGCACUUUCCUUUAGUUGAGAGGGUAGAAUGAUUGUAUAACACUAAAUUAUUUGUGGUAUACUUAAUUCUCCAUUGACUGAUAUUGAAUCUAUAUUGGAUUGUUAAUAUUCAUCUCUUCUGAUUUUUAAAUAUCUUUACUUGUGCAAUUGUGGCAUGUUAAUUUUUUCAUCAAUUUGUUGUUGUUUUUGAAUUAUUUUUCUAAUGUUGCCUACAUUUGAGAAAACAGUUAUAUCUAGUUGAACCUAAGUCUAAUCGGGCACUUUAUGUCCAUGUGAGCCAUAUGAAAUUAAUUGAUCAACUCUUUGAAAUGAAUAUCUAACACACAAUAUGUUAUGCUUUACACUAUCCUGUUUUCUUCUUCAAUUAACUCAGAAUAUUGCUUACUAUACUUUUGAAAUAAAAAUAAACAUCUUUAUGUAGAUUUGUAUUUCAGUUUAUGAAUGUGUUUUAUUGUCACUGGCUUCUUCCAUUUCCUCUCUUUUCUAAUUAGGGAUGUAACAAAAUUAGCGCAAACUUUCCCAUGUUAUUUGAAAUAGCCCAUAUUAUUAAUUGUCUACGUAAUACUUAUGUUGUAACGUACAAAUAGGCCAUCAUUCACAAAAGUGUUUUCAUCAAGCUGCUGGGAACAUAGCAAUUCAUCCAUUUUCCAACAUGUUUCAGGACCUCUGUUAUAAAGAAAAUUGCCUCUCUUUUUUAUUUAUUUAUUUAUUUAUUUAAUUUUCAUUUGAGAUUGUG